AUGAGUACGUCACGAACACUUCUCCGCUCGACUUUGACGACGAUCCGAAGGGUACCUCCAGCUUUGGUAAGCGUCACAACAAGACGCACACGCUCUGCCGACGAUGCGAUAUUCGAAGGCAACUGCGGAGUCAACUUCAAGUCGGGGUCUGAGGGGAUAUCAAUGGAAAUGAACACGAAGGGAAGAAGGGAAUGGCCUGGAUAUCCUCGCAGACGAGACGGAGAAGGACUUUUCACGAAUUGUCAAGGAAGAAAGCGUUCUUUCCACAUCCAGAAGAGCACCUGUGCCAACUGCGGCUACCCAGCUGCUAAGACCAGAAAGUACAACUGGAGCGAAAAAGCCAAGCGCCGCAAGACCACCGGUACCGGUCGCAUGCGAUACCUCAAGACCGUCGACCGCAAAUUCCACAAUGGAUUCCAAACCGGUACUCCCAAGGGUGCCCGUGGCCCUACGACUGCUUAA